GUAAGACUCAUGCCGCGCGAAGAGAUGGCGGCGUCGGACGCCCUUGUGGCGAAGAUGCUGGAAUCAUGGUUGGGCCUGGGCCCGGACAUCAAGCAGGCCGAUUUAGUGGCAGGCAUGGAUGAAAUGCCCGCGAGCUCGGACACAGACGAGACAGUCAAGGAACGGAUGAGCUCCAUGAACAAGGCCCUUCUGGCUGCGACAUUGCCGGUGCUUGAGGAGACAGGCUUCGUGUGGGCCGUCUCUGACUUCGAGAAGUGCAUCCUGGCGAUGUUCAAGGAGUGCUGCCGGCGGGCCUUGGUGCUACUGCUCCCUUCCGUACUUUGAUGCCCUCCUUGCGGAUGUCGGCUGAAGGGCUGUAAAUGAGCGGAUUCUUGUGGGCCGCCCUGGAGGAGCUGCAGAAUCUUCUCUCAGCACUGGAGUACCCCUUGGGCGAAGAAGCCAGCAGCCUCCAGGUGUUGCGAGCCUGGACCCGAAAGGGCGGCAUCGUCGCAGUGGAGAGUACUGUGCUGGGAGGCACAUGGCAACCGGAGGGCUGGAACGGGAUUGAUGGAUGUCGCUUCAUCCCGGAUUCGAGCAGAUGAUGGCUUGAGGGAAGCUUUCAACGUCUUCAUGACCCAAUUGCUGCCACCGUGCACCUGCCGACCGCCGACAGAUUCCUGCACGUGGUCACAUGGCUUCGUGACUUUGACGGAAUGUGCCUGACGUCCAGACGGCCACCCACGGCACUGAUAAACUUGGGCCACUGCACAACAGUUUAUUUUGGCUCUGGACUAUUGGAAGAGAGGCCAACGCGAUGACCUGGAAGAUCCCAUGUGACUCAGGAAGAGGUAGAUUGGCAAAUCAAGCAGCAGCCCAGACAAUGCGAAGCUUGCGAGGAGAAAUUGGAUUGUUCGGAUCCCCAUCGGGCGAGCUUUGCUUCGUCCGUUUUUUUCCCUUUUGAGAUUCGACAGCAGUUCAUCAAGAACGGGCAGUGAAUAGAUGCAUAGCCUUCUCUUCAACAUGACAAAGUAGAAAGCUUUGCUAGCACAGG